ACAACUAAAAUAUUUACAAUGGAUUUCAAUGAAUUAAUCGAUAAGUAUGAGAAAGAUAAUAACAUCGAAGACUUUUUAUUAAGUGUUGAAAAAUCAAAAUCACUAAAAUUGGAUAAUAGAUAUCGACUUCUAGUAUCAGGUUAUAGAAGCGGAAGUAAUUGGUUUAUAUAUAUUAUACAAUUGAUAUUAUCGGAAGCCAUGAAUACAUCACCGGUAGACGACGAAGAUUUUUUGAUUAAUAAUUUUGAAAUCGGAUCAUUGGAUAGGACUAGAAAAAUGUUUUUCAAAAAUAAUUUAACAACCGAUGAGAUCAAUGAAAAGACAAACAACAAUAACAAAGACAAUGGUAUUAUAUUAUUGAAGCAAAAUAUGAUUGAUUUUCAAAUACAAUCGAAAGCAAACUAUAUGUUAUUAUUGAGAAAUCCUAAAGACGUGUUUAACUCGACUUUCAAAGCCAUUAUCAAAAGAUUGCAAACAAAGCACCCGGAAGUCAAUAUCGGUAGUCCUCAACAUUAUCAGGAAUUUCUCGACUAUUGGCUAUCGGAUCGCUUGCAUAAACGUCACGACUAUUUCUCAUUUGUCAACUAUUAUUGGAAAUAUAGGUCGGAAUCAAAUUUUCAGAUUAUUUUAUACGAAGAUAUGAUUCGAGAGCCGCGAAAAGCCAUUGAAACAAUUGCACAGUUUUUGGGCGAUGAAUAUCGUAAACGUUUGUCGGAUGUAAUGAAUGACAAUAUCGAAAGCACUGGUAGUAGUGAAACACUAUUGGAUCGCAUCGAAAGGUUGGCCUCUAUUGAUGCAAUGAAACCUAUAUUCGACAGACAAGACAAUUGGCGGAUCAGAAAAGGUAUUAACGAAGACUGGAGAUCACAUAUGACUAAAGAACAAAGCGAUGCCAUCGACAGAAAAAUUGCCACCGAAUGGAAGGGAACGGGAAUUGAGUUGUUGUGGGAACGGGAGAUGAAAUGGUAAAAGUAUUAAUUGUAUGAUUAUAUAUAUUUUAUUCAUACAAUACA